UCCGGGACGGAGCGCGACCGCCGGAAGUGCGUGGCCGCCGGGGCCAUGGCGGCGCUUUGCGUCGUCUGUCUGCUGCUGGGGACUACGUCCUGGUCGCCGGUCUCGGCCUCGGGCGAGGAAUUCUGGCCUGGCCAGUCGGCGGCCGACAUCCUGACGGGGGCGGCGUCCCGCAGACGAUACCUUCUGUAUGAUGUCAACCCUCCUGAAGGCUUCAACCUCCGUAGGGAUGUCUACAUCCGCGUGGCCUCCCUGUUGAAGACCCUGCUGAAGACUGAGGAGUGGGUGCUUGUCCUGCCCCCUUGGGGCCGCCUCUAUCACUGGCAAAGCCCCGACAUCCGUCAAGUCCGCAUUCCCUGGUCCGAGUUUUUUGAUCUUCCGAGUCUCAAUAAGAACAUCCCAGUUAUUGAGUACGAGCAGUUCAUUGCAGAGUCCGGCGGGCCCUUUAUUGACCAGGUGUAUGUCCUGCAAGGUUACGCCGAAGGGUGGAAGGAGGGCACCUGGGAGGAGAAGGUGGAUGAACGGCCAUGCAUCGAUCCGCUGCUGUACUCACAGGACAAGCACGAGUAUUACAGAGGAUGGUUCUGGGGUUAUGAAGAAACCAGGGGUCUGAACGUCUCCUGUCUGUCUGUCCAGGGCUCGGCAUCCAUCAUAGCGCCUGUGCUUUUGAAAAACACUUCGGCUCGGUCUGUGAUGUUAGACAGAGCUGAAAACCUACUUCAUGACCACUAUGGAGGAAAAGAAUAUUGGGAUACACGCCGGAGCAUGGUGUUCGCCAGGCACCUGCGGGCAGUGGGAGACGAGUUCAGAAGCAAACAUCUCAACUCCACAGAUGCCUCGGACAAGGUCCCCUUCCAGGAGGACUGGACACAGAUGAAGGUCAAGCUGGGCUCCUCACUAGGGGGCCCUUACCUUGGUGUUCACCUGAGGAGAAAGGACUUCAUCUGGGGACACCGGGAGGAUGUGCCCAGCCUGGAGGGGGCCGUGAGGAAGAUCCGCAGUCUUCUGCAGAUGCACCAGCUGGACAAGGUGUUCGUGGCCACAGACGCCAUCAGGAAGGAGCAGGAAGAGCUGAAAAGGCUGCUGCCCGAGAUGGUGAGGUUUGAGCCCACCUGGGAGGAGCUGGAGCUCUACAAGGACGGAGGCAUCGCCAUCAUUGACCAGUGGAUUUGCUCGCAUGCCAGGUUUUUUAUUGGUACCUCAGUCUCCACAUUUUCUUUCCGGAUUCAUGAGGAGAGAGAGAUCCUGGGGUUGGACCCCAAGACGACAUACAACCGAUUCUGUGGAGACCAAGAGAAAGCCUGCGAGCAGCCCACGCACUGGAAGAUCACAUACUGAGGACUGCCUGUGCCUGUCCGACACCUGGGGGCGGUUCUGUGCCCCGAGACCCUCUGGCAUGGGCCCAGAGGAGACCUUGCUCUUGGGCUGCAACAUCUAAAGCCACCUGAAGCCACGCUGUACCCAUGUGUCCUUGGGCCAGUGUCUGCCUGGGGUGAGGCUCUGCUCCCUGCAGGGACCAAGGUCCUGCUGUCCGUCAGACAUGGAGCUGCAUCCUAGAUACAAAUGACGCUCAUGCUGAGGUGCAGAGAGCCUGCCGGGCUCACCUCGGAUGCCUCAGCGCCUGUCCUGAGCAAGUUGAGGCAGGCGGCCCCUCAGGUGGAGUGGAGCUGGUGGCUCCAUGGGGCACCUGCUGGCGAUGAUCCAAUGUCACUGGGGUGACCAGAGUCCUACCCACCUUCCACCUAGCGCAGCACCACAGGGCUCAUACCCUCUUGGGGAGGAGAGUUCAAAUCCUGCUCUCUCCUUGUCAGUGUCUGCCAGGGGUCUGCAGUGUUUUGCUCUGAUCAUGUGGGAAGGUCCUGCAAGCCUAGCCCGUGGCUCUCCUGUCCCCCAGAUGGACACACGUGGGCCUGCUGGUCAGUCACAUGCUACUGAGAAGUAGAAGUGAGAGGUGACAGUCAUACCACUUCCAAAAGCCACGUCUGAGACCCGCUGCCCUGGCAGGUCACUCUUCCUACGCUUUACACAGUUCCUCCCUAGCCUCAUGCUGCCACCGCGAGGUGCCUACACUGCUGGAGGUGGACAGGCUGGGCAGUCCCCAUGCCCACGACCUGCCACCCUGAAAAGAUGUUCCCUUCAGGGACUUCCCCCAGUUCCAUGCUGAGCAGCCCCUUACCUCAUCCGCUGGUGACAUGGCGGCACACACAGGUGAGGAGGACACUCUUCCCUGGGCAGACCUGGCUGGCUUACCCACCACGGGUCACCUUCCCACUCGUGCUGAAGUGGAUCCCAAGUGACAGGGUCCUGCAGAGUCACUCAGAGGCAGCAGGGUGGAGUUCUGUAUUUAUUCUGUUCAAUUUGUACUGCAUCCAAAUGUUAAUAAGUACAUUUUCUAGAAAG